AUGCUUGUGAUGUGCUAUACGAAUCAUGCCCUGGACCAAUUUCUCGAAGAUCUGAUGGAUAUCGGGAUCGACUCGUCGGCCAUUGUUCGAUUGGGUUCCAAGUCGUCUCCGCGAACUGAGGAGCUUAAGCUUUCCGCCCAACAAACCAACUACUUCUGGAGCCAAACUAGAUGGAGCAUCAUCAAUGAGCUAAAGGAAAAGGCUAGGGAUAUCGGUAAAGAGCUAGCCGUGGCAUUCAAUGUAUACUCCACCUUCAAGUUGAAUUACGGCACUAUCCAAGAAUUUCUCGAAUUCGAAGAGCCGGAGUUCUUUGAAGUAUUUAUACCCUUACAUGACCCUGAUGGAAUGACUCUCGUCGGUGAUCAUCUUGGCAAUGAAGCUCGCCAGGUUUGGGAGAUGGACAAAUCACUUCGGCAAGAGAAGAUAACCUCUUGGAAGGAAAAGCUUCUGGAGGAACAAGUCAUCAAUGUGCAAGGUCUGAUGGCCAGGCUGGACGAAUGUCAGCAGAGACUCAAUGAAAUGUGGAGGGAGAGAACCUCCGAUGUCCUGCACUCCAAACGGGUAAUCGGAUGCACGACGACGGCUGCCGCAAUGAACGCUAGCGAUCUCAGCGCAGUCUCGCCAGGUAUUGUGCUACUGGAAGAAGCGGGUGAGACCUUGGAGUCGCAUGUUCUUACAGCACUCGGUCCCCAUACCAAGCAACUGAUUAUGAUUGGCGAUCAUCAACAACUACGCCCAAAGAUCAAUAAUUACGCUUUGUCUGUGGAGAAGGGUUCAGGGUAUGACCUGAACCAAUCCCUCUUCGAACGACUCGUACAGUCGGGAUUCCCCCACUCCACUUUGGCGAAACAACACCGCAUGGUCCCUGAGAUCUCGGCGCUGGUGCGAAGACUCACGUACCCAGACCUACUGGACGGUGACGGAACGAAGUAUCGCACAGCGCCCAGAGGGCUAGAGAAUCGAGUCAGUUUCAUCGAUCAUCCCCAUCCAGAGGGAUCUCUCCAAGGGGUUCCAGACCGGAAUGACAAUGGCAGCAAGGGUAGCAAGCAAAACCCAUUCGGAGUGAAGCUGGUGCUGAAGAUUGUGAGGUAUCUGGGUCAGCAAGGUUACGGAACAGACAAGCUUGUUGUCCUUACUCCGUACUUUGGGCAGCUAAAUCUGCUCCGUCAGGAAUUGAGCAAGGAAACAGACCCGGUUCUGAACGAUUUAGACUCGUACGACCUGGUCCGCGCUGGCUUAAUGUCACAAGCAAGUGCGCAACAUGUCAAACGGCCUAUCAAAUUGUCUACCAUUGCUAAGCUAUCAGUGCGUCUUUAUUGGAACGAAGUUAAAUUGUGGACUCCACGAUUGUCCUCACAGGUGUCAUCAACUAUCGAUCAUUCCAAGAUGCAGUGUCGCAACAUUGUGGAGUGGACAUGUACUCGCGAUCACAGAUUAAAGAUCCCAUGCUUUCAGCAGAAAGGAUCGUGCUACCGCUGUACCGAAGAGGAUAGGGAGCGCAAGCGCCGACGACAGCGAGACCUGGAACUUGACGUAAAGAGUGAGGAGAAACGCAGGGAGUACGCUCGCCAGUUAGCUCGGAUACAAGAUGAGAUUGCGCAUGAGAGGCGACUCCAGAAAGAGGACCGCGAUGAAAAAGAAAGACAGCACACUCUACGUCAGCAUCGCGAUGACCUUGAAGGCAUGAAAAACCGUGCCCUUGAGCGCUUUCGCGUUUCUCAGGAGGCCGACAAGCUUACGGACCAUGGCCCCAGUUCCAAGGAGCAGCUCUCAAAGUUUGAUCAAUCAAAACGCACAAAUAGUCCAGACAUUGUGACACCCCUAUCAUCCACGGAGCAAGACUGGCAGUACCAGAAGGACUAUGAAGGGGCUCAAAGCGAGGAACAUGACAAGCUAAUGGGCAUGAUCGGCUUGGAGAGCAUCAAGGCCAAGUUCCUUACCAUCAAGGCCCAGGUUGACGCUGCAUUAAGACAGAACGUCGACUUCAAAGGCGAACGGUUUGGCUCGGUCCUAUUGGGCAACCCAGGAACAGGCAAAACGACAGUUGCACGCCUCUACGCAAAGUUCCUCACUGCUAUGGGCAUUAUCCCUGGUACCUAUAUCAUAGAGACUACUGGAUCUAGACUGUCCAACGGUGGCGUGUCCGGCUGCGAGAAACAGCUCAAUGAGAUACUCAACAAGGGCGGCGGAGUGCUCUUCAUUGAUGAAGCCUAUCAGCUAGCGCAAUCAAGCGGCCAGGGCUCACAAGUCCUCGACUUCCUGUUAGCGGAGAUUGAGAACCUUACCGGGAAGGUGGUUGUUGUACUUGCAGGAUAUCGCAGACAGAUGGAGAAGUUCUUUGCUCAUAACCCGGCCUACCUAGCCGAUUUCCGCAUGAAUUCCGGACGCAUGAAGAUUGAAGGCGGAAUGGGAGGAUUGUUUUGUCGUAUCGUUGCUCGGCGAAUUAGCAGACAACGAGGACACGAAGGCUUUGGCAACGCCAGGACCGUCGAAAAUGUCUUCGCUCGUAUUCUUGCGUAUGAGCGGCGAAAGAAGAUCCCCUCGGACGAUCUAUUGCUCACCAAGGAGGACCUCAUCGGACCAGAGCCAAGCAACGCGCUCAAAAACUGUUCUGCUUGGAAAACGCUCCAGCAGAUGAUCGGUCUUGCAUCCGUCAAAAACACUGUCCGUGCUCUUUUGGACAGUAUCCAGAGCAACUACGAACGGGAGCUCAAUGAGAAGCCUUUGGUGGAGUUUACCCUGAACAGGGUGUUCCUGGGAUCUCCUGGCACUGGCAAGACGACAGUGGCAAAGCUCUAUGGGCAAAUCCUUGUCGAUAUUGGCUACUUGUCAAAUGGUGAAGGUAUCGUCAAGAACCCGGCAGACUUCAUCGGAAGUGUCAUAGGGGGCUCCGAGCAGAAUACAAAGGGUAUUCUGGCUUCUACUCUGGGUAAGGUCCUUGUCAUCGAUGAAGCUUACGGUCUUUUCGGAGGUGGUACUCGCGAUCCGGCCGGUUCGCAUACAAACCAAUUCAAAACGGCAGUGGUCGACACAAUAGUGGCCGAAGUCCAAGGCGUUCCCGGAGAUGACCGUUGUGUCCUGCUGCUCGGAUACGAAGAGCAAAUGAUGGAGAUGUUCCAGAAUGUGAAUCCUGGACUGUCGAGACGUUUUUCUCCCGACAACGCAUUCGUCUUUGAGGACUUCUCCGAUGCUGAGAUGAGGCAGAUCCUUGACCUAAAGAUGAAGCAGCAGGAUUUCGUCACAUCAGACAAGGGGCUGAAGGUUUCGAUGGAGAUUCUGGCUCGCGCUCGCAACCGCCCAAACUAUGGAAACGCAGGCGAGAUCGAUAUCAUGCUGAACGGUGCAAAGGUUCGGCAGCAACAGCGGCGUACCUCUAAGAAGGGUAACCUUGCUCUGAAUUACUUGGAGCCGCAAGAUCUGGAUCCUGAGUACGAUCGGGGUGAGCGGGCCGAGACGAAUAUUCCAAUGCUCUUCCAGGACAUUGUUGGAUGCGAAUCAAUCAUCAGCAAGCUGGAGGGCUAUCGCCAAUCAGUCAAGAAUAUGCGCGAGUUGGACAUGGAUCCUAAAGAACAUGUUCCAUUCAACUUUCUUUUCCGCGGUCCACCAGGAACUGGUAAAACAAGCACGGCCAGGAAGAUGGGCAAGGUGUAUUACGACAUGGGCCUGCUAUCAUCUGCCGAAGUCAUCGAAAGCUCGGCAACGGAUUUGGUAGGGCAAUAUAUCGGCCACACUGGUCCCAAAACACAAGAACUGCUGGAAAAGUCGCUGGGCAAGAUCCUACUUAUCGAUGAAGCCUACCGACUCGCAGAAGGACCGUUUGCGAAGGAAGCGAUGGAUGAGAUCGUGGACUGCAUCACUAAGCCCAAGUUCUUCCAGAAGCUCAUUAUCAUCCUAGCCGGUUACGACCAAGAUAUCAAUCGCCUUAUGACCAUCAAUCCCGGACUCACCAGUCGCUUCCCCGAGGAGCUUGAGUUUAACGGCCUCGCUCCAACCGACUGCCUCCAGCUCCUCACCAACUUGCUUAAGAAGCGGAAACUGGAUCUCUUGCCCAAAGUCAGCAAUUUCGACCUAGACGCAUUGGAGUCUCCAAAGCCAGAAUUUACCAAGAAGUUACUGAAUAGAUUUCACGCACUCAUCCAUACCGCUAACUGGGCCAAUGCACGCGACGUGCAAACGCUGGCAAAGGCAAUUUUCAGAGACGCUAUCCGGAACAUGCGCAAUGACAAGAAUGUCUGUGUCGGCGAGAAUCUGCUUUUAAGCCACAUCGAUCAUAUGAUAUCUGAGCGCAAUAGUCGCGAGGCACAACAGUCCAGGCCGAGAAAUAAUCCCAUUGACCUUCUACGAGCGCAGUCUUCCGAUAGGAGGCCGGCACCGCCAGUGCUUACUACGACAUCUAACACGACGGCCUUCCAGGACGAUGAGAAUGAAUGUGAAGAGCCCGCCCCUCCUGUCUUAGGAACUGCGCCAGACCAUGUCCACAGAGACGACGGAGUGUCGGAUGAUGUAUGGCACCAACUGCAGCAAGACAAGCAAGCUGCAAACACAACCGAGAAGGAAUACCAACAGCUCCUCGACGAAGAACGUACCGCUGAAAAGGCACUCGAGGAACUCUCCCAGCCUCCCGCAGACGGUUCUUCCAAGCCCGACGACGAGGCCAAAAAACAACAUGAACAACGCCGCCUCGAAGAACUGAGAAGGCGCGCCGAGCUGGAAAGACUACGUCGGCAGCGCGAGGCAGAAGAAAAGGCUAGACGCAAGGAGCAGCAGGUUCAGCAGAAGCUGCGACAUAUGGGACGUUGCGUUGCUGGGUUUCAGUGGAUUAAGCAGGCGACUGGGUAUCGGUGCGCUGGGGGGUCGCAUUUUGUUUCGAAUGAGGCGUUGGGGAUUUAG